AAUUUUCAAAAAUUUCCAUCAUUUUACCAUGUACACACACUCGUAUAUUUCAUCCCUUGUUCCUCUUACGGGCAGCCCGAGGGCGAGAAGAAUUUAUGAUUAAAGUAAAAUAGAAAUAACGAGGGGAAAAAAAGAAGAUGAAAACCAAGGAAGAAAAAAAGAAAAUCGACCGUGACGGAGAGUGUGAUUAAAUCGAAAUCAUGUCCCAUGCAGAAUGAGAGUAAACGAGAGUCAACGAGAGGGAACGAGAAGGAAAGAGAGAAAAUCAAAUAAAACGAGCGUGGAUGUAGUGCGAACGAACGGAAACGAGAGUCUGUAAAAGGCGCUAAAAAUGCCGAGACGAAAUUACUCUUCCAGGAAGUAACGGCCAGCUGUUCACUGGACAUAUCUACCGUCUCGUCUAUGUAACACAGUGCUGCGCGAGUACCAUUCUCCUCCUUAAGGAUGAGGCUGUGCCUAUCGAGAAGAUCAGGGAUACGAUUGCUAGUCGGGAUGAGAGGGAGGUCCUGGAAGCCGUAGCUUCCUCAGGAACUGUUAUAAUAGUGGAUCCGCCAACUUCGACAAAGGAUGCGCUGUCCAUGGUGGAUCAGGAUGCAGCAGCGUCUUCCAAUACCCAGACGCAGCAUCUUCUGGAUAUGCUGUCGUCGGCAAGUGCCGAGGACAUGGACGUCCUUGCAGCGACAACGUACGAGCCACAGAAGUUUCCUACGACGAAGAGGAAGAGGAAGGUGCAGGAGCAGGAAUGGGAGGCUGUUCAGGAUGCUCAGAGUGCCGUUGUUAAGAGUAUUGUACCGUCGGCGGCGCUCACCGACGGCGUAUACCAGGAAGUUCCGCGGAAAGUUAGAAGACAAAAAAAUGCUUUCAAAAUCGCUGAAACCCCUUCGACUACGGUGGCACCCGAUGCGACUACAGUGAAUAGACGAAGAAAUCAUUUGAAAAAUUACAGGCCCAUUUCGCCUAUAGUGCCCAUUGCUCCCAUUGUGCCCUUUGGCUCCGUUGCUGAAGAGAGUCACGCAGCGGACGUGACGGCGCUUCCACAACUCAGUGACAUAGUGUCCAUCUUGGAUCACCAAAAGCUUCAGGGUGAAGCCUUACCGGUUACAAGUGAGGGAAUUGGAAUAUUGGCAAAGUACGGACAAGGUGGUGUCAAGGAAGCACAGGGUAGCGACCCAGUGAAAUUGGAAGAACCGUAUGUACCGUAUCCGCGAAAUAAGCCGAACGGUAUUUCGCGAAACGGUCCAUUGUUGUCCACACUACAGACCCAGGCACCGUUGGUGGUUGCUGAUAGUGUGGAGAAUGUUAAGAUUGUUGAGAAGCCGUACCAAGUAGAGACUGCCGAGCAAACGGCCGAAGAUCAAUGGCAUCCUAGUUACGAACAUCAGCAAGAAACUGCAGAGUAUAAAAUUCACGAAAAUCCGAAAGAGGGUCACGGCGGUGGAGGCCAUGGACAUGGUGGACAUGGACACGGAGGUCAUGGCAAAGAUGGACAUGGACAUCAUGGCAAAGAUGGUCAUGACCAUGGACAUGGACAUCAUGGUAAAGGUGGCCAUGACCAUGGACAUGGACAUCAUGGUAAAGAUGGCCAUGACCAUGGACAUGGACAUCAUGGUAAAGGUGGCCAUGACCAUGGACAUGGACAUCAUGGUAAAGGUGGCCAUGGAGGCCAUGGGCAUGAAGAUCAUGGCAAAGAUGGCCAUGGUCAUGACCAUGGACAUGGGCAUCAUGGCAAAGAUGGUCACGGCAAAGAUGGUCAUGGAGGCCACGACGGCGGACAUGGUAAAGGUGGAGGCGGUGGGGGAGACGCAGGCAAGGAUCAUAAAUUUGAAGAAGGAGCUGGUGAAGAGCACGAGGAAGAUCACCACGAAUCUCACGGCGACAAAGGAGAAAAGGAAUACAAAAGCUGGCACGAUUACGACAAGGGCGAGAAGGGUCACCACGACAAGGAGGCCGAGAGCCACCACUAUGACGAGAAAGAUGGCCACGAGAAGAAGCAUCACGAGGAAGGUGGUUAUCACGACUCUCAUGAUCACGGCGAGAAGGGACACAAGGAAGCCGAAUUCGAUGAAAAAGGUGAACACCAAGAAGGUCACAGUACCAAGGGUCAACAUUCUGUCCACAAAAAGGAUGAGUACGAAAAGAAGACAGAGUUCUUCGACGAGUUCGAGGAAGAUGGAGGAAUGGAGAAGGGUGGCGACUACCAUCACGAACACGAGCACGAAGAGGGCGGCCACGAGAAGAGCAGUCACCACGAUCAUGGACAUCACGAGGAGCAUCACGGUAAAGAGAAGAAGCACGAGGAGGGUCACCAUCACCAUGAUCACAAAGGUCACAAGAAAGACGACGGCCACGAGCACCAUCAUCAUCACGAUGAGAAGCACGGAAAGAAGCUGGACCACAAGGAGGGCAAGAAGUGGGCCUACAAGAAGGGCGACGAUGGAGGAUCCGGUGGCGGCAAGGAAGGUCACGGAGAAGGUGACAAGAAAGGUCACGGGGAAGGCGAUAAAAAGGGACACGGAGACGGUGGCAAGGGUCACCAUUAAGUCUAAGAAACCAAAUGUUAAAUACCAAACAGCCUCAUCGCUCAAGAGAUCAACCGGAACUGAAAAUCUCAAGAGGGCCAACCUCGCGGGAGAAAUUUCUUUCCCCAAGAAACGGAACCUCAUUGAUAUACUCAUAUUGA